AUGAAGCUGCCCGCCUUAUCUAGCAGGCUCCUGCUAGAUGGUGCACACACGACCAGCCACCUACACCCCGCAUCCUCCGCAAGCCGAGCCUUCCGAACCUGCACACAGGCUCUGGAAAGUUGGAAGACACCCGGCGAGAAUGCAAAGGACACCAACGAGCGCGCUAAGCAGCACAGAGUCACCGACACCAUCCUCACCGCGUCCAGGCUGGGUCGACAUGCGGAGACGAUCAGCAAAGCCGCCUCGGACAAGUACUCCGGCUGGAGGCAGACGCCCGGCCCGAGCACACGUCGCAAUGUCGGGCGGCCCAAGCUGUCGCGCGACGCCGGCAAGAGUCUGGCGCGGUCUGUAGCGUCCAGCAAUGCAGAGACGCUGUUGGGCUCGCAUGCGGCUAGUGUGUUGAUGAAGCCACUGUUGCAGGCGACGAAUGCGUAUGACGGGUUCACCGAUGGGUCUGCGAAGGGUGUCUCGGCACGCGACUUUAUUGCUCCACGCAGAGAGCUCAAGCCGGGCGAUUUCGUCGAAGUCCGACGCAGCAAUGUCGCCGUCGGCAUCGUUCUGCCUCCCCCCGAAGAUGCAAAGUUGAGCCAUCAGGAAGCAAUCAAGGCGCACAGGACUAGCGCCGGCAUGCGGGACCUCUACGUCCUCGUGACAUCGGGCCAGAUCGUGCUGUACAAGGACACCGAUGUGAUGAUCCAGAUCCCUGGAGUCAUUGAAUCGAGCCUCACAUACGCAGCAGCUGCAACGAGCAAGCACUACGUCGUUUCGAGCAACAGCCUCGACAGCCCGGUCAACAGCGAUGGCUCGCACGACGCCCACUCGUUCGCCACUGCCGCCGAUUCAGACCCCGUCGAAGGAACAGCUCUGCAGGAAGAACCUGUCGACGUACCCCGCUUCGAAGCCCGUGCGUCGAUCUGCAACAAGCUGCGCGUGCUCGAACGGCAGAAGGAGAAAGAGCUGCAGCGGCUCCUGCCGAGCUUCCAAUCGCUCUUUCUUUUGAAUGCUGCUGCAUCAGGUGCAAACAGCGCUGACGCGGCAACGAAACUGAGAAAGCAGAGGAUGGAUCUCCGCACGGGUGCGAUUACGACGUUCGAAGCGGCGCGAUUGAUGCACGAGCUCCAGGUCCGUCGUGAAGCGCAGAAAAAUCCCCAGAGGCAAGCGGAGCCGUUGACGGCCAGCACCGUCUAUGCCGCGCAUGCGCUGCUCAUGUCGCACCCGACGCAUUUCUUGGCUGACGCGCUAUCACACCGCACCAGCCAGCUGUUCACAUGUCGCAGCGAUGCCGAGCGGGCGAAUCUGUGCUUGAUCUCGGGCUGGAUUACGGGUCCACCCGGAUCGGAGGGACAGAACUACAUCGAUGCCUUCUGCAGCAAAGCCAGGAAGAUCCGCGAAUGGGCAGAAGCUCAUCCCUAUGACACUUCAGGCCCACCUCGCUUCGUCGACGCACCGCACCCAAACCUCGACAUCACGUGGACGCCUCAGGACAAGUCGAUAAUCGAGUUCAUCCAGGCCAGCCUUGGCUCUCGCCGCGAAGUCCAGGAAGACACACAUGGAAGUAUUGCAAUGGAGAUUGUCAAACGUGCGGGUGGGCAUUUCCGUAUUCUUCCGCAUCCGAACAUCACCGAGUUACUCGAAGUCGACCAGGCGUCGCAGUUGAUGCUGGCGGAACCGGAGCGGACUUUGGGGAGGUCGAUACUCGAAACGGUCGGAACGGAUGUGAUGGCGGGCAGUGAUUUGCAGCACGCGCUUGUGAUGCGGUUGCUGACGUCCAUCGGUGCACUGCCGCCGUGGCAGAACCCGAUUCGGCUGGAUGCGUCGUUCCGCAAUGCUACGAUGGGCGAGGACGGUGGCGAGCCCGAAGCGGAGCCUACCGCGACAGAGCAAGAAGCGCCGUCCCUAAUGACACAGAGCCUGGCGAAGAAGUUUGGCGUGACGCUCGACAAGCAGGUUGAAGCCAUUAGGCACGAUUUCGGGAAGGGCCACACCGUCCACGUGAUCGACGACGAGGGAGCUUUCGAGCUGGAUGAUGGCAUCUCAAUAGAGCCUAUCAACGGCAGGGAGGCGGAACAGGCUUGGGUGCAUGUCCACAUCGCCGACCCCACGGCGUGGAUCCAACCUGACGAUGCUCUCGGUCAGAGGGCCGAGCGACGCUUCCAAACGCUCUACUUUCCUGAAGCGCGGUGGGCCAUGUUGCCGGACGAAUUUGUGCGCAGCGGCGUCGGCUUGCGUUCCGCUUCUUCCACGUCCAAUGCAGUCUCAGAGGGACAGCGAGUGAUGACGUUCAGCGCGCUUAUCGAUCUCUCGAGCGGUCUGGUACAAGACACAAAAGUCCGACCCGCGCUGGUACACAACGUGCAGACCACAUCGUACAACCGGGUCAAUGCGAUACUUGCCGAUCCCUCCGCGACGGCAGGGAGCACAUCAUCUGCUGAGCUGUCGUUGCUGCUCAAGAUUGCGACCAGGCUGAGCGAGAACAGGGCGAGGUGCAGCGCCUUUGUCGCACACCGACCUACCUCGUCGGUCAGCGUUUCGCCUUUGCCAUUGCCACAUGUGACGGUAUCCCCGACCGCGCUGCAAAAGCCGUACUUUUUCGCAGGGUUCCCAACCAUCCAGACUGUGUCUUCCGAGUCGCAGUCGGGCGAAAUCGACCGGGUCCCCGCGCUAUCGCAGUUCCUCGUGUCGGAGCUCAUGAUCCUUGCCGGUCGAAUCGCCGCCUCUUACGGAAAGGAGCACAAUCUUGCCUUCGCGUACAGGUACCAGCUACGCCCAGACUCUUACAGCGAAGCGCAAGCGAUCCUUGCCAUGCGUACCAAUCUUCCGACGGAAGGAGCUUCGGUCUCGCCCGUCUCCGAGCAAGGCUUGAUCGGUCACGGACUGAUCGCAUACCACGACAUGCUGAGCCGCGGGCUCGGGCUCAGCUCGAGCGGCUACUCUGUUGCACCGGGCGAGCAUUUCUCGCUCGGCAUCGUUGCAGACAACUACGGUCCUUUCACGCCUGCACCGCAACUGCGUGAUGCGAUCACAUCCAGCGGCUACGUUCGUGCGACGAGCCCGCUACGCCGCUACGCCGACAUGCUGACGCACUGGCAGAUCAAGCAUCACCUCGUGCACGGCCGUGCGCGUCUGCGCACGCACGAGAUCGAACGCGUCCUGCCCCAGCUCGAACGCCAGGAAGUGUCGGCGAAACAGCUGAUGCGCUCCGCGGAGCGGUUCUGGGUGCACGCUCUGCUGCGGCGCUCGCUGCUCGAGAAAGGUUUUGCUCAGCAAGGAACCAAGGGCCCAUUCACGGCCAGAGUGGCGCUGCCCGAGGUGAGGGUCAACGCCAAUACGCUGGGUGCGAGGGUCAGGGUGAACAUCGAAGAGUUUGGGUUGCCCGCGGAUCUCGAGUGGGGCGCGACGGAAGCACCGCCGAGCGCCAACGACUCGUUCAAUGUGACGCCUGUCGCGGUGGCCAUGGCUGGGAUUCGGUCGGGUCUCACCGUUCGUCGAGUGUGA